AUGACCCACCAAACCCAUGCUUAUCACAUAGUUAAUCCUAGCCCAUGACCCCUUACCGGGGCUCUUUCCGCAUUCCUACUAACUUCUGGGAUAAUCAUAUGAUUCCACUUCCAUUCUACCCUUCUCCUUUUUAUAGGAGUUACCUCUAUCCUUCUAACAAUAUUUCAAUGAUGACGAGAUGUUGUACGAGAAGGAACAUACCAGGGCCACCAUACCCCGGUAGUACAAAAAGGACUACGCUAUGGUAUAGUUCUAUUCAUCAUAUCAGAAGUCUUCUUUUUUGUAGGUUUCUUCUGAGCUUUUUAUCAUUCAAGCCUUUCCCCAGCCUUAGAACUAGGAGGCUGCUGGCCACCAGUAGGAAUUAACCCCCUUAACCCAUUAGAAGUACCUUUACUUAAUACCGCAAUCCUCUUAGCCUCAGGUGUUUCUAUUACAUGAGCUCACCAUAGUCUUAUAGAAGGAAACCGUAACCAAAUAAUCCAAGCCUUAGCAACCACUAUUGGCCUUGGCUUAUAUUUUACAAUCCUUCAAGCUAUAGAAUACUAUGAAGCACCUUUUACCAUCUCUGAUGGUAUCUACGGAUCAACAUUCUUCGUAGCAACAGGCUUUCAUGGCUUACACGUAAUCAUUGGCUCAUUAUUUCUAAUUGUAUGCUUACUCCGACAACUCUUUUACCAUUUUACAUCCACUCACCAUUUUGGCUUCGAAGCAGCCGCUUGAUAUUGACAUUUCGUAGAUGUAGUAUGACUAUUCCUAUAUGUUUCUAUCUACUGAUGAGGCUCAU